AUGGCUCAGCACAUGAGCUGGUCAGCCUUGCUGACAAUAGCAGCUUUGGCUAUUUCAGCCUCUGCAUCUACCAUCCCGCGCCAAAACCAUCCUGACACACUCUUCUCCCGACAGGGACUCUAUGGCGGUGGAUGUCCCCUCCCUGAUGUCUGCACCUGGGGAAGCUGCACCAAUGUGACCAUUGGGCUCGAUCCAAGGGAGUGUGGAAAGUCGGACAAUCCAUGUGAACCCGGAGAGAUUUGUGUUGCCGGGCAAUGUUACCCCCUCGAUCUUGGAUCGAACGACGUGGACCACAAGAACUGCAGCAAUUCCACCAGCUCCCAGCUUUGUCUGCCUGGUCAGUGGUGCAAUAAAGGCAAAUGCGAUCCGAUCCAGAUCCUCGCUGAUUCUCGUUACUGCGGAAAUGGUCAAAAGCCUUGUCGUCCGGGAUCGCUCUGUGUCAAUGGCAGAUGUCAGAAGAUUGAUAUUGGAUCUGACCCGUCUUCAUGCGGACCCCUGAACAAGACCUGCGGCCCUGGAAACUGGUGCCUCGACGGCAGCUGCCAACCAUUCGUUCUGGGAACAAAUGUGCAAGCUUGCAACCAGAGUAUCCAGUGCCCACUUGGCUCGUCAUGUCAACAGGGUUGGUGCCGCCAAGUGUUCAUCGGAACCGACCCCUUCAACUGCGGCGAGGGACUUGGCAAGAAGAACUGUACUUCUGGACAGCUCUGCGUCUCGGGAAGCUGCAAGUCUCUGAACUUUACCUCUGAAGCGGCUCAGAACAAGACUUGCGGAUCUUCCAAAAAGCGUUGUGAGCCUGGUAACUUUUGCUGGAAGAACAAGUGUCUGCCUAUUCACAUCUCCGCCGACCUCUCACAGUGUGGCAGCGACGGAAAGCCAUGCAAUAGCAGUCAAGUGUGCGUAUCCGGACGUUGUAUCGGCAACUUGACGCACCCAUGGGAUAUCCCGACGAUUGGCUGUGGCAGCAGUGGUGCUGUUGGUCUUGGAGGCCCUGGUGGUCGCCUUCCUGGGCAGGGGGGAGCCGGACAACGGCAAGGGGGUGCUGGUGAGCAAGACGGCAGCAGCUCAUCGGGUCAAGGCCAGGCCGGAGGUCAAGGAGAUGGUAGCGGAUCAUCUGGUCAGGGCAACGGUGAUGAUGACUCGGGCAAUCAGCAAUCUGGAGGCCAGUCCAGUGGCAGUGGCUCGUCCGACUCCAGCCAAGGUGCAGGAGACAACGGUGGCUCUGAUGGGAGUCAGUCUGGCGGUCAAGGUGGCGGCUCCUCAGCUCAGGGAACAGGCAAUGAUGGAUCCGGGUCUGGACAACCUGGGGGCGGUCAAGGCGCUUCCGGCAACGGCGGCCAAGGCGGCAACGGAGAUGCCACUGGGGGUCAGAGUGACCAGGGAGGUCAAUCAGGCCCAGGUGGUGGUGCUUCAGGUGAUGCCUCGGGAGGGCAAUCUGGCCCAGGAUCCCAGGGCGCCAGCUCGACUGGCUCAGGCAACAAUUCUGGAAGUCAAUCUGGCUCGUCUGGAGAUGGUUCUGGUGGCGACAGCCAAAACGGCCCGGGAGGGUCUGGCUCAGACGGCAGCGGCUCUGAUGGAGCCAACAACUCCUCAGACGGAGACAGAAAUGCUGAUGGGGGUAACUCCUCUGGCGGCAGUGGCAGCAAUGAUGGCAAUGGCUUGCCUGACGGAUCCUCCGACAAUGGGAACCAAUCUGGCCAGGGAGGGCCCGGCUCGAACGGAUCUGGCUCGCAAGGAACUGGGUCUGGGGACAACAACGGCCAGUCUGCCAAUAAUGGAGGAUCGGGGGGUGCCUCUUCUGGAGGGAGUGGCUCAGGAAGCAACUCUGACGGGAGUGGAGGCUCUGGCGACAGGGGAGACGGCUCUUCUGGAUCUGGCUCAGGAUCUGGUUCUGGGUCUGGGUCUGGUUCAGGGGAUGGCGUUGCUCCGGAUCAGAGUGGAGGAGCUCCAGGUGCCGGCUCUUCUGGAGAUGACUCCUCCGGUGGCGGCUCUCCAGGUGAUGGCUCUUCCGGAUCUAAUUCGGGAGGUGGUAAUUCGUCUCCUGAUCAGAGUGGGAGAGUUCAGGGCACCAGUUCUUCUGAUGAUGGCUCAUCUGAUGGGGGCUCUUCUGGAAAUGGCUCUUCUGGAAAUGGUUCUUCUGGAAAUGGUUCUUCUGGAAGUGGCUCUUCUGGAGAUGGAUCAGGAGAUGACGGUUCAGACCAGAGCGGGAGAGUUCAGGGCAGCGGCUCUUCAGGCGAUGACUCUGGGGAAGAUUCAUCCUCAGGCAACGGUUCAUCGGGCAACGGACCCGGAGGCUCAUCAUCAUCAGGAGCCGGAUCCGAGUCUGGAGGCAGCGGCUCAGGAGGAACGGAGAACCCGGACGGCAGCGACUCAAGCGGUGGUUCAAAUGGCAGCUCAGGGAGUGGCUCGAAUGGCGGUUCCAACGGAGGCUCGGGCGGAGGUUCAGGCGGCUCUAACGGCGCCUCCAACGGCGGGUCGGGCGGGAACUCAAAUGGCAGCUCGGGCGGAGGCUCGAAUGGAGGCUCGAAUGGCGGUUCCAACGGUGGUUCCAGCGGAGGCUCAGGGGGAGGUUCGGGCGGCUCUAACGGAAGCUCUGGAGGCGGAUCAAACCCUGGUGGCUCUGGGUCUGGAAAUGGAAACACCGGCGGCACCGGCGGCACCGGCUCAGGGAAUGGAUCAAACAACGGGGGAGGAGCAAAUCUUCCCUGCUCUGACGAUUCCGAAUGCUUGUCUCAAAGUUGCGUGGAUGGCAACUGCCGCCCUGUUGGGGUGCAGGGUUUCGGUGGAUGUGAGGGAGUCACGUGCGGCGCAGAGGAAAUCUGCUAUGAUGGAAGCUGCCGCCGUUUGACAGACCCUACCAACUGUGCCGGAACGUCAUGCCAGAGCGGCCAAGUAUGCGUCGACACUCAGGGCUGCCUCCCAGGAAGCGCUCUCUGCGGGUCGUCUGUCUGCGGAAACGGAGAGAGAUGCCAGGAUCAAGUAUGCGUGAGGUCGUUGGGCCCUGGAACUGAUGACGGUGACAAUGGGGACGACGGGGACAACGGUUCCAAUGGCCCAACUACUGCCAACCCAGGUGGCAAUACAGGUUCCGGAAACGGGAACCCUUCUGGAGGUUCAAGAACUUCCCAAUCUUCGGGACAGACCAACAACUUGUCGGUAAGCGGUCAAGUGACAGCCUCUCCAACUUCAACACCGCCGGUUAUCGCUUGUACCACCGAUUCGGACUGUUUCGGAGGUUUUUGCAAGAACAACCGUUGCGAAAGUCCCCUAUUGACGCCAUGCAUCGAUGAUUCCGACUGUGCAGCAGAUGAGCGAUGCCGUAGCAACCUCUGCUUCCCAGAAGACCCACGUACAGGUCCUUCGAAUGGCAAUGGACUCGGAACGACUGGAGCAGCAACCGGCCCGAGUUCAUUGACCAGAGACACAGCCGUGGCGUCGGCUACACGAACCCAAGCAACAUCGCAACAAAACAAUCCAUCUCGGACUACCAACCCGGCGGCGGCGGCCACGACAUCUGGGGUGAGAGGCAAUGUUGAAGGAUUCGACAGCUGCGACGUCGAUACAGACUGUCAAAGUUCAGAAGACACGUGCCUCCAAGGGCGCUGCGUUCCUGGUAGCGGUACUCCCUGCUCCAUCAACUCUGAUUGCUUGGAGGAGGAGAUCUGCCGCGAUUCCAUAUGCGUCAUCGGAGUCAGAUGUAUCACGGAUGAAGAUUGCUCGGUAGAAGGGUUCACCGGGAUCUGUGAAAACGGUGUUUGCUCUAAUAUCCGACCACAAGGGUGUUCUGAGGAUAUUGAAUGCUUGGAUGAUGAGCUUUGCUUGGAUAGCCUCUGCGUCCUCGUGGGACCUGUGGCGGCGUCUUCAACUGAAGACUCUGGUUCGGUAGGACCUGGUCAGUCAACAGCUGGCAAUCCAUCAGCCAACCCGUCAACCGGUAACCCCUCCAGCACGAAUCCUUCGACGGGGGCGACACAAGGUGGCACCGGGUCUGCGGGUACGGGCGCAACCAACACUGGCUCAACAGCGGCCUCAGCUGGACAAACCGGAACUGGCACGGGCAACUCUCAAACGAAUACCGGCAACUCUCAAGCAAAUACCGACGACCCUGAUGGCACCGCGACCGAUACCGAGCCCAGUCCCACUACCACAGACGACGGCAUAGUGCAAAUCGGUUGCGUGACGGACUCCGAUUGCUUGGCCUCCAGUGCAUGCCCCCCUGGGCGCUGUGUGUGCAUUCAGUCAACUUGUCAGCAAGUCACAAGCUUGACUUCUAUUCCUGGGACCAGCGCAGGUCAAACUGGAGCGACCUCUGGUGGAGGCGGAACGGGGCAAUCUCAAGGCCAAUCUACCGACACCAUAGCAAGUGGAACUGGAUCGGGUGACAACCAGCCAUCUACAACAAGUGACCUCCCUGUGGAGACAAACGACCUCGUCCCCUGCAGCGUGGAUGCCGAUUGCUUUGGGGUGACUGGAGGGCUUUGUGCACUUUCGAUCUGUAUCUGCUUGGAUUUACUAUGCCAGCCAGACCCCGGGGCUCUCGAACCGACUGCGGAGACAACCAACGCUGGAACUGGACCUGCCCCAGGAGGUGUUGAUACCACAUCUUCGGCAGUAUCCCCUACUGACACGACUUCUCUGACACCUUGUUCCGUGGACAGCGAUUGUAUCGUCGACAUCUCGCUUUGUGUUGUUGGGGGAUUGAACGUGUGCGGCUGUAUCAACACGGUAUGUGUCCGGAGGACAGACCCUGGCAACACUGAAGACGGCGAGCCUGGUGCAACAACGUCUACUCUUGGGACAGUCGGGCCCGAUACCAUUACCGAAGAUACACUCAUUCCUACGAGUUUUAUCACUCAGGUCACAACUGCAACCUCGGAUGUGGUUGAACCUACAGAUCCGGCAUCACAGUUCCCAUGCUCUACAGACUCUGACUGUCUACUAAACACUGAUGUUCAGGCUUGUGUUUUGGGACUGUGCAUUUGCGUCAACCUCUUAUGCCAGGAGAUGACGGCCCAGCCCACGGCAUGCACGGCGGAUUCUGACUGCUCGGGAGGUCAGGUCUGCGAAUCCAACAUAUGCGGGGCCAGAUUUGUGGCUCGAACAUCUGCACUGAUCCGCCAUCUCAAUCUCCAUGCACUACAGAUGCUGACUGUCUGCUGA